UACAUAUAUAUAUUUAUUUCAAUAUAUUAAUUGGGAGGGUGGGAUUUAGCUCAGUCGGUUGAGUGCUCACUUGGGGUGCUUGCGUCGCAGGAUCGAACCACAUCGGUGGGUUCAUUUAGUUGGCUGGGGUUUUUCCCGUUCCAAUCAGUGCACCACAAUUGGUCAAAGGCCGUGGCAUGUACUUUCCUGUCUGUGGUAAAGUGUAUAUAAAAGAUGCCUUUCUACAUUAGGAAAAAUGUAGCUGGUUUCCUCUGUUGAUUACGUGUCACAAUUACAAAAUGUUUGACAUCCAAUAGCCGAUGAUUACUUAAUCAAUGUGCUCUAGUGGUGUUGUUCAACAAAACAAUUAUUUUUUCAAUGUCAAGGUAAAACCGAUAACAAACAUACUAUACAUUGACAUCAGGUAUACAUUUGGUAUACGAAUCACGCUGUUUAUUACCUACAAUGAUUCAUGAGUGAACCUGUCUGUUAUCUAAUCAGACAUAUUUAUGCAUGUCCUGAAUUCAGACCUUGUUUCACUUUGAUGUCAUUCAACAGGCCGGGCUGAAGUUUGGUGGGAGAGCGUUCACCGGAGGUGCGGUGGAUUAUGGGAUCAAAGUUAAAGUUUAUUUUGUUUAACGAUACCACAAGAGGACAUUGAUUUAUGAAUCAUACGCAACUGGAUGUCAGUCAUAUGAACAUUAUGACAUAGACUUAGCAGGCGCGUGUACAGGCAUUUAUGAAGUGGAGGUUGGGGAGGGGUGUGUGUCUAGACUGUAACGAGCGAUGGUUACAGGUGGGGCCGACUCAUGAUCGAAACACAAGAUGACUUGAGGGAAUUUUUUAUGAUUUGAUCAGAUUGCAUAAAAUAAAAUAUUAUUUUAAGUUGACCCUAAAUAUGUGUUUGGUGCUGUCUUUUUUUUCAUGUUUGCUUUGUAGGUUUGGAAGAAUUACCAGCGGAAGUCCGUUAUGGGUCUAAGUGUAUUGUGGGCUACAGCGAACUUCACCGCCUCUCUGACGAACCUGUUCUUCGUGUACCUGUACGCUCAGAUUCCACUGUACGGCCAGAUCAACUCCAUCUACAUGCCAGUCCUCGAGUUCAUCCUCCUCGUUCAAUUCUGGGUGUACGGAGAUCAUUAUGGGCACAGGUGGAAGAUCGUGUACACCGUGUUCUGUUUUUCACUGUGGAGCUCCAUCAUUGCUCUGCAGCUGAGUCUGAAGAGGUUUGAAGAAAUGCAAUGGUUGGCCAUCUCCCUGUGGUGCGUGGAGACAUUUCCUCAGGUGAUUCUCAACAUCAAGCUGCGAUCCACCAGCGGUCAGUCGACUAAAUCUGUCAUCAUAGGAAUUGUUGGAAAAACCACUGACUUCAUAUCAAACUACGGACUAGUCAUUCCCAUGCAAUACGUGAUCAUGACGUACUUUUCCAGCAGCGUGGCUUUCGUUAAUGGCAUCCAGGUGGCGUGGUACUAUCAGGACAACAGCAUCAGUAAGAUGCGCAAAAAUUCAGCCAAUCGGGACGCGGAGUCCACGCGUGACGUACAUCCGGUUGUGACGGAAGUUGGAGGCUACGAUGGCUACCAACCUCAUCAUCACGAGGCCAUCAUUUUUGUUGGGUACGGAGAACUUCUCCAUCAAUACCAUCGGUGCAGGUUUAUUCGUCGUGUCAUCAUCACAAUUUUCUGUUUAAUUCUGGUCAUUUUCGCUGCGGCGCUUGUAUGGAACACACAAACAUUCUACGCUUUGUUCGGACCUGCGGGAAUUGCUUCGGUUUUUUUUGUCAGUCACCUGUAUUACAAAAGGAGAACAUCUGUCUGGAAGUAUUCCCCAAUUAAUAAUACAGAAUAAAAAUGUGUUUUACGUGU